AUGGGUAUGUGUCAAACUAAAUAUCCCGGUUUAACGCAGGAUAUUCUCGAGGACUAUGCUGCGUUGACUUUUUUAAGUAAGGGCGAAAUUAUGCAUUUAAUGAAAAAAUUUUAUUCUAUUGAUCCUGAGAAAAUUGAUGCGAAUUAUCAUCAUAGAUUUCACAAGGACGAUAUAAUAGAAAAGUUUGAUGUUUUAAAGAAUAGUCCGUUUCAAGAUCGCCUAUUCCGGGUGUUUUCAUCUCAGAAAGACGACUGUUUUUCAUUCGAAGACCUCUUAGAUUUAUGUUCUGUUAUGAGCCCUGAAUGUCUCCCUGAAGUAAAAGCGUCAUGGGCUUUUAAAGUUUAUGAUAUAGAUGAAGACAAUGCUAUAUCUACCCAAGAUAUAUGCGAUAUUUUGGACAGACUUACAAGUGAUCCAGAUAAUAGUGAGGACCAUCUGGAUAAAGAAUCUAAAAUGGAAAUAGCGAAAGGAAUAAUGGAUAAAAUGAAUUUGGAUAACAGUGGCAGUAUCAGUGUGAGCGAAUUCAAGAUGGUAUUGUCCAGAAUUCCUGAAUUUUCAUCAUCGUUUUAUUUUAAAUUA